UGAGUAAUGUGGUUUUGUGCCUCAAGUUUCCAUUUGUAGUCAGUGACACAAAUAUCGUACGAUACAGCAACAGUGAUCAACAUCCAUUGUAUGUCGGAUAUACGUGAUAAACCGCUGAAAUUUGGAGAUUCAAGAACAAACUCCUGAAGGCCAGGGGUCGCCGCUCCAAAAUGGCCACGAUAGGAGAACAGGGACCCGUUAGUACGCACACUCUGGAGAAGGUGACCAGAGCCAAGGUUACCUUGGAGAACUACUACACGAACCUCAUCAACCAGAAUGGCGAACGCGAGUCAAGGUACCGCAUCUUGGAGCGCAAUAUGGAUGAUGAGGGCUUGUCAGAUGAACAGAAAAACGAGCGGCGACAACAACAUGCCUUGAAGGAGACAGAGUUCCUGCGCCUGAAGAGGUCGCGGCUCGGCGUCGACGACUUCGAAUCCAUCAAGGUGAUUGGACGAGGCGCCUUCGGGGAGGUGCGCCUUGUACAGAAGAGGGACACAGGUCAUGUAUAUGCCAUGAAGAUCUUACGUAAGGCUGACAUGCUGGAGAAAGACCAGGUUGCACAUGUUCGAGCCGAAAGGGAUAUCUUAGUGGAGGCAGACCACACAUGGGUAGUAAAGAUGUUCUAUUCCUUCCAGGAUGCUCAGAAUCUCUUCCUUAUAAUGGAAUUCUUACCUGGAGGAGAUCUGAUGACACUGCUGAUGAAGAAAGACACGCUAUCUGAGGAGCAGUCGCAGUUCUAUGUUGCUGAGACAGUCUUAGCCAUUGAUUCCAUUCACAAACUCGGCUUCAUUCAUCGUGACAUAAAGCCAGACAACUUGCUUUUAGAUGCCAAGGGUCAUAUCAAGCUGUCUGACUUUGGUCUCUGCACCGGCCUGAAAAAAUCUCAUAGAACAGAGUUCUACAAGGACCUGACACAAGCUAAAGCUGGAGAUUUCAGCAGAGACUUCACCAAUGGAAAUCCGAUGGACUCCAAACGACGAGCUGAGAGUUGGAAACGCAAUCGAAGACAACUGGCUUACUCGACGGUGGGAACACCAGAUUACAUUGCACCUGAGGUUUUCAUGCAGACUGGGUAUUCCAGCUCCUGUGACUGGUGGUCACUGGGUGUCAUCAUGUAUGAGAUGCUGAUAGGCUAUCCUCCUUUCUGUUCUGAAAACCCUCAAGAAACAUAUCGUAAAGUGAUGAACUGGCGAGAAACAUUAAUUUUUCCACCAGAGAUGCCAAUUUCCAAUGAAGCACGAGAUCUUAUUCAAAGGUUUUGCUGUGAUCCUGAGCAUAGAAUUGGUGCCAAUGGACCAGAAGACAUCAAGUCGCACUCUUUCUUUAAUGGAGUGGAUUGGGAGCACAUUCGUGAGCGACCUGCAGUGAUUCCAGUGGAGGUGAAGGGAAUUGAUGAUACAUCCAAUUUUGAUGACUUCCCAGAAGUAGACUUGAAGCUACCAGCACCUCCCAAGGAAGAACAGAAGGACGCUAAGUACAAAGACUGGGUGUUCAUCAACUACACCUACAAACGAUUUGAGGGAUUGACACAGCGCGGCCCACGACUACCCUUGUCCAAAAGAUGAAGGCACUAGAAUGCUUCAUUUUUCUUGAGUCCCGUGAUCACUUUGGAGCAGCAAGCUUUCAAGCCAUGUGUUCUCUUUUUUUGGCCGUCCUUCCAUUUAUCUUUUGUGUCAGAUAAGAGUUUUGUUCACUUUCUGCUGUAGUUGAGUUGCAGACUGUAGCCAUAGACUUCUAUUCAUGAUCAUUUUUUUCCCCUCUGACACUUAAUUUGUCAUUUUGUAGGGGUAUUAAAGGGCUUGGUCAUCACUAAAUGAUACAGUGUUUCUAAGGUUUUCUGCUGUUUUUAAGAAAAAAUUGUAGCUAAACAUUUGUUAUUUUUUUUGUUUGUUUGUUUUUAGGGCUUUUUAGGGCUAAUGCUAUUGUUUAUUAAUAUGUAUUCUGUCUCAAAAUUAAUAGGCUGUUAUGCUUUCAGAAGUUUUGACAGCCUUCUUUCAGGUGGUCACUUAUGACUAUUACCAUUCCUGGUUGAUGUUCUUAAUAAAUGGAAGUUAGUUUUGUAGAAGAUUUUAAAUGUCUGCUUCAGUCACUUACGAUAAAAGACUUUGAUAAACCUUGAGUAAUGGAGAGUCAUGGAUGUUAUUGAACAGAAAGGAAAACCUACAACACAGUUCCUACUUUAGGAAGGCAUCUUUCCCUCUUUCUCUCUUGCUCUCAUAUUUAAGGCAUUCCCCUGAAAGAGCACCGAAGCGAUUAACAGUUUGAUUAGUCGAAAAAAUUUGUGGCCAUGUUCAUGAAAGAAUCUUUAGUGGAGGAAAGAGGAGACAAUCCUCUUGCUGUUGGAACAACUCCCAAUCCACUUAUAUUUUCGCCUUGGGAGUUGCGUUUUCUUCAUUUUUAUUGGGUUGUUUUUUCGUUCCUUGCAAGGAAGAAACACAAAUGAAGGUAUAUUGUGUAUAAGAGCUUAAUAUGUGAGAACUAAGUGAUGAGGCACACUUUAAUUGAAGUGUUCUUGUUUUUGGUCAUCUUGAUGAAAGAACUGCCAUGAUACUGCCUUCGAUGUUGGCACAGAGAAAAACACAAACAGCUGUUAUCAACAGAACCAAUUCAUGUAUUAUAUUUUAGCUAAAAAGAAAACUUUUUGGUUUCUUUACAUAUUAAAAAUAAAGCAAAUAUUUUAUUAAUAUUAGAAGGUAGUGGUAUUAGUAUGUGACAGAAUGAUGCUAGGGAACAAAUGAAUCAAUAAAUUUUAGUGUUCUUUUAAUGAAAAGAAAUUUAUUCAUUGUUGAAAGUCGAAAAUCAGGAGAAUUCCAGUAUCUUUCCUUAACCCAGUUUGCCAUCAGGAAAUAUGAAGCUGAAUAUUAAAAUAUAUUGCUUUCCAAGAGUUUUAAAUUUUUCCUCCUGUGUCUGAAGUAAUUUUUAUUUUCUUGUUUUGUGAUUUGAUUUAUAAUUGAAAUCAGUCUAGAAAAAUUUCUUUAAAUAAAUGUAUGCAUUUGAGAUACCACCAUGUAGAAAGCAUAUGUACUGUGUCCAAGUCCAUGAUAACCUUCUACCAUGGUUGUUUCUAAAAAAGGUGGUUUUUUUUUUUUUUUGCUUUUUUUUUUGUAGUCAAAGUAUAGCACUAUUGGUUUUGAAGUUGCUAUCAUCAUUGCCUUUUCUUCAAACUAUGCAUCUCACAAUUCUGGAAAACGUGGGCUUUUUUUUUUUUUUUUUGUGAAUUGGAAAACAAAGGGUAUUGAGUCUAUGGAUGGAAAGUAGAUAUGGAUAUGGUAGUUACCACCCUUAUAUUUCAACGUAUGUUAAUUUGAAAACACACACUGUGAUUUUCAUCAAAGGAAAGCUAUGUUUAUGAUGUUAUUAUGUUACCAACAAACUAUUUUGAAGAAAACUAUUUUCACUAUUGACUGGUUCUUGUAAGUCUGCACAUUUUUGUUUUAAAAAUGUCCUCAGCAGUCAAAAUUUGCCAAUGUACAACAUCCACUGGCAAGGCCACCUUGCAUUAUUUCUGUUUUACUUUAAUAUACUACUUUCUGCCGUUUCCUCUCUUGAAAACCUGUUCUGUUUACUUGCAUUCAGACCAUACUUGAGCAGUAAGUUGACUGGAGGACACUGAACAAUACCUAUUUUCAUAAACUUUUUUUUAAAUGCAUUGUAGAAAGGCUGCAAAAAAUGUUGAAAGGGUUUUGAAUUUUUCUGGCUCUGAUUAGUCUUUCCUUUGUGUGUAAAUAAUGUACUAGAAGGUAAUUUACAUUUCAUUAUAUUUCUUGUGUGGGUAAGUGUAGGUACUUUUGAUUGUGUCAGUCCGCUUGUGGUGUUAGAGUGAAUUGUGUUGGUUAAUAUGGAAUGUAUUGGUCUUUUUACACAGCUGCUACUCAAACAGUUAAGAAUUAUGUCUUAAAAAUAGCACAUCACUUUUUUGUUGUUUCAGUUAAGUGUAAAAAAUGUUUAUGCAUCUUUGCUUCUGUGUAAAAUUUUUGUUAAUUCUUGCCUGCCCAAUCGUGCAUGGAAGGAAAGAAACAUUGGAUAUGAACAUCAGUUUUAUUUUGUUUUUGUUCGUUUGGGUUUUUUGUAAAUAUCAGCAGCAUUUAUUCCUUUGUGUUAUUUGCGUUUUGAAGAUUUAGUGGUUACAUUUUGUUAGUUUGCUCCCUUGGUAAAAUUUCUUCAAUAUGAGAAUUGGUGUAGAUGUGGAGUAUUUGUCUUCAAAUAAUAAUGGAGGAUGUAAGUGACGAAUGAGUGGAAAAUAUAUUUACCAUCUGUGCUUUCUAAACAUGGUUGUUGACAAACUCAGAGUAGCCCUUUGACUGCACAGCACCUCCGCUUUGUUUAUUUUUUUAAAAAGAAGUAUGCUCAGUGCUUUAAUAAAACUUUUUUUUUAUGUAAUAAGAAAAGAGGCAGAUAGUGUGCCUACUAUGUGUUAAUUUUCUAUCAUAGGAACAAUUGAGUCUUGUGUUCUUUGAGGUAUUCUUAAAAUCCAGGAUUUUUGGUCAUCUAACUGCACGGAAACCUGAUUAAGUAAUAUGAUUUAUGACAAAAGAAAUUGAAAAAUUCAGAGUAAAUUUUGGCAUACUCACUACUGCCCUUUAUGAAAACAUUUUAGGACAGUUCUAUUGUAUUUAAUUGCUUUGUUAAGUAGCCAGUUUUGAAUGAAGUACAGAACAUUCUAUGAGAAGAAUAAAUGUCCAUACAGCAGUCAGAGGGUUAACCACAAAACUUGUAUGUUGUCCGCCAACACCACCAUCAUCCUGCUUGUGUAAACAUUCCACGGUAUCAGCCACAUUUUCUGUAUAUAAGUUUACAUGUAUUUUAUGAUGCUCCACUGAAGUGGUGUCAUGCGCAUUUACUGGUCAGGGUCGAAUCUGAGAUAUGAUGCAAGGAUAGAUGGUGCCCCAGUCACCUGUGGCUAAUGUAGGUACAUUGCACCAUUUGUUUCACUCCUAAAUGAAAAGUGUCAUAGAUUCCCAGAAUACUCUUAGUUCUAUAGCACUGGCAGCGAAAGGGUUCAUAAAUAAGCUAAAAUUAGGCUUUUAAUUUGUAAUUAGGUUUAUGUUAAUUUCUUGUUUUUUGUAAAUGCUAUGCUUGUGACAAAGUAAGACAUGUUUUGAUGCCUGGACUUAGCAUUGUGACCAUGUCACAGUCUUGGGUGAUACACAUUGCAUGAGACGUUCAUUUGUAAAUGAACAUCAGUCCUUGAGAAAGAAAAAUCCUUAUAACUUGUGAAUACAGCAACAGUACCUUCAAAUCAUGAUACAUUUUUGUCAGUUGAGGAGGAGCUACCUUCUCUUAUCAAGGAAAAUGUUCAUGCAGACUGUUGUCUUAGUUUUGUCAGAGCUUUGCCUCGCAUCCAUCCAAAUGACCUUUUCUCGGAAAUAGUGUGAUCUUAUCCUGCCUUCUGCAAGUUGCCUUUGUUCUGAUCAGGCAUAUCAUAGCAUUUGUGGCUUUACGCUGGAAUCAUAUCAUUAGCAUGAAUGUGUCAUUCACUGUCCCGAGUGACUGUCCCCUCUCAUCCCUACCUACAUUGUGAAAAUACAGCACAAAACAGGUUUGCUGUCUUGAUUCAGCAUCUUGUGGCGCGAGUUCUUUCUUUCUUUUCACUGUAAUUGACCUUUUUGACAUGCAAAUUCACCCACACUUAUUUACAGUUUUUUUGUUGUUUGUAACAUGUUUUUAUCAGUCUUCUAACAUGAGGGCCUGCUAAUAGCUGGACCCCAAGUUUUAGCGAAUUUUGUUUUGGGUUUUGUUUUGUUUUUUGUUUUGUUUUUUUUUUUGGAAAGGGGGGGGAGAUUUUUUUUUUUGAGGUAGCAGGGGAAACUGAGAAACAAAACCCAGGGAGUGACUUUAUACACUAUUUUUUUUUUAGUCUACAUCAUUCUUCAUUGUUCUAUUUACAGUUUUCUUAUGUACAUAGUUUUGGAAAUAGGUUCAAUAUAUAUAGUCAUUGACCAAACUAAAGUUUGUGUGUUUAUAUAGAAUACAAAGACAUUUCCACUACCACAACCACCACCCCAGCAGCCGCACUGCAUAUCAUAUGUAAAUCCUGCCUUCUCUCCCUUUUUAUAUUCAGAUCACUGAGAAUAUUUAGGGCAUAAUGGAAAGGUUCAGGUUAAAUAUGUCCAAAACUGUGCUACAGCAACUUUAUUGCUGUUAACAACGGUUAUCACAUAGAAAUAAAUAGUAAUACAUCUGCUGAAAAUUUCAUGCUUAAUGUUUAAAAAAAAGGAUUAUAUAUUUUUUUUUCAUAAAGUGUUCUCAUCAGGCUUCAUUUAAUUGUUGUGAAUGGAACUCAUUGUAAGCACUGUCUAUUACAAUGUCACAGCGCUUUCUGUCAAUUCUUUGGGAAAAGGGUUUUUUUGUUUUUUUAGGCGGGAGGGGCAGGGGAGUUGUAAGAUGGGAAGAAGGUAACUUCAGUUCCACAUUGCAUGACUUCAUGCAGUAGUGAGUAGUAUUCACUAGGUCAGACUCUGGCUUUCCAUCCUUCUGCUACACCAAGAAUGUCACUCAGCAGUGUUGCUUUUGAUAUGCAGUGAGUCAUAGUUACAAUAACAACAGUCAGGCAUUGUUCUUUUAACAAUCUUUUAUUUGAAAGAAAUAACACUAAUGGUAAUAAAUAAUAGAACACAUCUUCUCUUAAAAAAUUCUGUGCCUGUUGUAAUUAUGCUUUCAUCAUUUUGUUUUUACUUGUUCAUACUGGCAUGAAAGUGUAUUUUUAUGUGCAAAUUCAUUGUCCAAGAGGUGGAAAAGUGUUGGGAAGUGAGCAGUUGUGAACAAAGCGCCUCCAUGUAGCUAUGCUGUAGCCUAAAGACCUUUUGACUUACUUGAAACAAGAUUUUAGGUUUUGGAUCAUGCCUGUGUGUUUGCCUUCAACAAGCAAAAUUUCACAUGGUGAAACACUGCUUAUGCAAAAACUGGAGAAGAAUUUUGGUGGAAAGACAAGACUGUCUGGAGAAAAGUCAUUUACUACCACACUUAAGUUUGGUGUUAUCAUUGUAGUGAAACAUUUAUUUGAAUGCCUAGAUUUGAAAAAGUCCUGUGAUAAUUUGAUUUGUUGCCAAGAAAGCAGUCUUCUUUUUCUGGUCUUAAUGGUAAUCCAUACAGAAUCAUCAAUAAAAGAAAGCGAAAAUAAAA